AUUUCCUGCGAAACUGUGCAAACACUUUCCGCCAAUUUCCGGUGAGCUGAGGAUGGAGUCUUCAUAGUGUUCGAGGGAUGGAGGUAUGAUUUGAUCUUGGCGUUUACUUGUAAAUUAUAAUACAUACAUCCAAAUAACUUUUGGUGUGAUGUUCGCAAUUUAUACAUGUAUGUUCGGGGCAGUGGUUCGGCUGGCUCGGAUCCAUGUGAGCUGAUCUUCUCAUUUUACUAAAGGUCAAGGAGUGUUAAUGUAAAAUUCGCAAGCUUUGUAAAGAAUCGUAUCAAGAGUAUUUAUUGUGCGCGCGUUGUUGAAGAAGAGCCAGCCACUCUGGACCAUUCAGAUCUAUCUCGAUAGAAGCUGAAGCCUUUAACGAUCAACGAUCCCCACGCAUAGCACGUCUGCGGAAUUGGUAUGCAUGCAUGUACAUACAUACAUAAAUACAUACAUGCUUUAUUUUUGAUAUAGCAGGUUGGAUGUAAAGCGCAUUUAUAUGAAUCACGAAUGUUUGCUCUCGACAAGCCUCACUGUCAGCUGCGAAACAGUAAUGUAUGUAUUGUUUCUAUAGGUUUAAGCAAAUUCAGUCAUCGUCGAACCCAAAAACAAAGGGCAAUCUGCGAGGAAAAAAUUCAGUGAAAGGGAACUACACGCUCCCUGUAAUUAGCAGGUAAAAGAGUCUUGCAGUAAUGCGGUUAUAAAAAAGCAAGGCUUGUAGGGGAAUUUUGAUCCCAUGAAAAUGUGUUUUGCAAUAAAAGUGCAAGUAAUGAGAUCAGAGGCUGUCAGCAUAUUAGGUUUUCCUCCUUUUUCUAAAUGUUUUGCUUGCCUCUUAGGGGCCGUCCACAUAUUCACUUUUUCCUCGCUUAACGUCUACUGGACUUUGUCAACUGUGCUUUGUCUUACAUUUAACAUCCUUUUACCCACAGAGGUUUUCCAUGAGCCUGUAUUCUAGCGACAAAUCAUGCCUCCUGCUUUUUCAUUGCUACGGUUUGUGAAAAUUAACUUGUAUGAUGUGGCAUCCACCUUGCAAGAUUACAAAGCUUUCUGCAAUUGCUGCACUUGCGUCAGUUUUGUCCAGCUUGUUUGUGUACUACAUUACAUUUUAUGCCAGCAAAGGAAGGACAAUUCCAGAAAACAAUUUCACCAAUGGUAUUUCAAACAACACUGGAAACCUGGAAAAGCGUUUACCAAAGGCAAUUAUCAUUGGUUCAGCCAAAUCAGGCACAAGGGCAUUGCUUGUUUUCCUUAAAAUACAUCCUGAUGUCAGGGCAUGCCCAUACGAGGUGCACUUCUUUGAUCGAGAUGAAAACUAUGCACUCGGGUUGGAAUGGUACAGAAAAAGAAUGCCUAAGUCAACUUCUAAUCAGGUCACCAUAGAAAAGUCUCCAGGUUACUUUGUAUCAACCAAUGCCCCAGAGCGUGUGUUUAAUAUGUCAAAAGAUGUUAAACUCUUGGUGAUUGUCCGUGAUCCAACGCAAAGAGCUAUAUCAGACUAUACACAGUUAGCACUUCGGCCAAACAGUUCUCUUCCAAGGUUUGAAGACUAUGUUAUGAGGAACAAUAACAUUUUAAGCACAGAGAGGGGUGUGGUCAAAUUUGGAGUUUACAUUAGGUACCUGUGGAAUUGGAUGAAGUUUUUCCCACUUUCACAGAUCCAUUUUGUGAGUGGUGAGGAGCUUGUCGAAAAUCCAACAGCAGAACUGAAACUUGUGGAGAGAUUUCUGACCCUGAGACCAGUGAUCAAUGAAAAUAAUUUCUACUUUGACAAGAAGAAGGGUUUUCCUUGUUUUAUUGGAAAAAUAGGUUUUGAUGGCAAGACAAAGUCAGGCUGUUUAAAAGGCAGCAAAGGGAGAAAGCAUACUCCUGUCAGCCAACAUAUUUUAACUCGAUUGCAUAACUACUACCAGCCUUACAAUGAAGAGCUUUACAAAGUUGUAAAACGAAAUUUUCAUUGGCCACGAUCAUCAUAACAGCAAGCAUUAUUUACUAAGGGUGGCUUAUUAUGUUAUUUUACCUAUAAAUUUUUAUUAUUGUUGACCUGCCACUGGGACGCUCGUUAAAAGCUGUCACCAAUGGUGAGGAUGUGAGGGUGAAAUGGGUUGAUUUGGGGUGAGUAUGUGCUGCGUAGGCCUUCAAACAAUUUCCUUACAAAUGAUAUAUAUUUAAUAGUCCAAGUUUUACUGUUAUGUAAAUAUUUCACUACUCAUAUUCUAAAAUAUCAUUGGAAG